GAGAGAGAGAGAGAGAGAGAGAUUUUAGCUUAAACUAACAAGCAAAUUUUAGAAUAUUCAAGGCUUUACUUUAGUCUUCUAAAGUAAACAUUCUGCACCUUUCGACUCGUCAGCGCUUGCGAGUCGAUUCCUUUGAACGAGUCGAUUUAAAAGAACGACUCAUUCGUGAAUCGCGACAGAACUGUGUGUGUGUGUGCACAGAGGAGGGCAGUGGUGACUCCUAAAGAAGUAAGAAACACUGCGAUCCAGUCGGCAAACAGCAUUUCUUCACAUCUCUCACAAUGUUGAGGACCAUCUUGCUACUGUGCUUAUGGGGUCUUCUCUCCCUCUCGCUUGCUCAACUGUCAGACACGGAGGAAGGUGGAGCUGAGGAGGAGGUAGUGGACCUCUUCACUACACCUCGCACUAAACUCGGUGCCGCAACCUCAGACUUUGGCUAUAACCUGUUCCGUAGUCUGGCUGCCCGCGACCCCAAGGCCAGUGUCCUCCUGUCUCCCAUGAGCAUCUCAGCAGUCUUCACACAACUCUCCAUGGGAGCAUCUGAGCGCACAGCGAAGCAGUUGAACCGUGUCCUGCGCUACCACACCCUUAAGGACCCACAGCUUCAUGACACUCUAAGAGACCUGCUCGCGUACCUGAAAGCCCCUGCCAAGGGCUUCAGCUCUGUAGAACGCCUCCUCAUAGGAAAGAGACUACGGCCUAACUUGGAGUACCUCAACACCAUAGAGAAACAAUACGGGGAACGACCCCAAACUCUCAUGGGCGGGGCUCGGGAAAUCAAGCCUGUAAAUGAUUGGUUCAGACAGCACACUGGAGGUCAAGUGGACCGUGUCCUUGGAGCUGCUCUCCCACGUAAUCCUGCAGUGGUGCCUGUCGGAGCAGCGUAUUUCAAAGGAAAGUGGAUAACCAGGUUCAGUGAGACUGGUAAGAAGGAGGAGUUCCAGUUGGAUGGAGAGGCCCCAACUACCAUUGCCGUGAUGAAGCAGAAUCAUUACCCAGUAAAGAUGGGCAUUGACUCAGACCUUGGCUGCACGAUAGCACAAGUUCCUAUGGAGGAUGGAGUAAGCGUGUACUUUUUCCUGCCAGAUGAUGUGACUAAGAACUUGACUCUGAUCGAGGAAGCGCUGACAGCCGAGUUUGUGCAGGACCUGGCCAACACUCUCCACGCAGUACAGGUUCAACUCACACUCCCUGUAUUCAAACUGGGAUACAGCACGGAGCUCUUGGGUCCUCUUUCUGACGUGGGGUUAUCCGAUUGGCUGAAUGACCCAGAGCUUAUCAAAAUCACAUCUCAGCCAGUGAAGCUGGCCACGGUCCGUCACAAGGUUGUCUUUGAGACAGCACCAGAGGGUAGCCAGUAUCCCAGCACCACCCCGCAUCGCACUGGCCAAUCGCUGGCCCUUUCCUACCACGUGAACCGUCCCUUCAUCUUCUUGAUUCGUGACGAGCCAUCAGGGGCACUUCUGUUCAUCGGAAAGGUACUCAACCCACGUGACCUGGCGAGUGUAUGAAAGCAGCGUACACGCAUGCGCACAUAUAUAUCAUGAAAUAUGUGAAUAUACCACAGGCUUCUACGCUAACAUUAGGCUUACGAUUGAACUUUUUCAAAGCUGCCAAGAUGAAUAGUACAAUGCACUUCCAUGUUUUAACACAUUCACAGUGCAUUAAUUGCCAUAAGUUUAAAAAAAAUAAAUAAAAAAUACAUA